AUGAAAGAGAUAGUUAGGAAGAAGAAGAAGAAGUCGUGGGAUGAAUUUGUAGCAGGAAUAAAGGAUGGAGGUAAGGUAGGGGACAUGUGGAGAAAGGUGAAGAUUAUAGCUAAGGGGUUGGGGGAGGACUCAAGUCGGGCAGGAGUGAUAAGUAGGAAAGAUCAGAUUGAGUUGGAAAGAGAAGAGAUUAGGAAAUUAAUUGAGAAAGGAUUUUAUGAUAGGGUCUCAGGAGAGGAAGUAGAGGUAAUUGGAGAAAAUGUAGACCAUGAAAGGGAAGGUCAAGUUGUGGAAGGGGGUAGUUGGAACUGGUUUGACAGAGAUAUUGAGAGAGAGGAGUUGGACUGGACCAUAAGUAGGUCGAGGGUUGGUUCUGCUCCAGGAAAAGACGGGAUUGAGUACAAGCCACAAAGGAGGGCUCUAAGGCCGAUUUCGUUGCUAGAUUGUUUAGGGAAAGUAUUAGAAAAGAUAACCAAUGAAAGAUUGAGAGUUUGGGCGGAGGAGGAGGAUAGAUUAGACAGGAACCAAAGUGGUUUUAGUAAGGGUACGUCCACCUGGGAUAAUUUGGUCAUUUUAACCAGUUAUAUAAGGGAAAAUUUUGGGCUUAGAAGGGAAGUCAUAUGUGCCUUUAUAGAUGUUAGAGAGGCAUAUGAUAGCUUUAAUCAUGGAAAACUGGUUAUAGGCUUGAGGGAACUAGGUUGCCCGGUGAUUAGGGAACUAAAGGUUAAAAUCUUGGAAUACGCGGAUGAUAUAGCUGUAUAUUUGGAGUAUGUACAUAGAGAGGAGGGAGUUAGGAGGCUGGAAGAGGCGUUGAAAAGACUUAGAGAGCAUUUGGCGGAAUUGGACCUGGAAAUAGCUCCGGAGAAAACCCAGAUUCUGACAUUCUCGGGAAGGAAGGGAAGUAUUAGUAGCUUGGGCAAUAGGAUAAGCUUAGGAGAUGUAGAUGUGGAAGAAGUUGGGCAGGCAAGGUUUUUAGGAGUAGUAUUCUAUAAGAACCUAUUGUUUAGAGAGCAUGCUAAAUAUGUGGUAGAAAGAGUUAGGAAAAGUAUGAACAUUCUGAAGUGUAUAGGAGGAGUUAGUAAAGGAGCCGAUCCAGAAACGACAUUAAGGGUGUUUAAAGCUAUUGUCAGGUACACGGAUAGGUUACAAAAGAUCCACAAUGCGGGAAUUAGAGUUGCUUUAGGAUAUAGGUUGUCCACUCCAAUCAAAAUGAUGAAAGCAGGGGUGAUGAAUUUGGAGGUGAGAUUAGGUAUGCUAGCAGUGUUGUACAUGGUCAGGAAAGGUUUUAUAGAGGAUGGAAAGGUUAUACAAGCAAUUGAAGGAAGGAUUAGGAACGGAAGGUCAGGGGAAGCUAACCAAGAGGUUGACCUGGUGAAAGAAGGGUGGGCUCUGGGAGGGGAGGAAAGAGGAAUCUUAGAGAUGGGCGUGAUACAUAAAAUAAGAAGGGGAAUAAAGAAAAGAAAUUUUGAAGCAUCAGAAGAAGGCGGAGGUAGAGUGGGCUUGGCCUGGACCCCAACUCAUGUAGGGAUAACAGGUAAUGAAAGAGCAGAUAGGGUGGCGAAGGAAUAUACUGUAGGUGAGCCUGAAUUCUGGAGACUGUAUGAGAGGGUGAAUGUUAAUAGAGCAGCGGCUUCUACUGCGCCAUCUGUAUUAUUAUUGUUAAAACUAAAGAAGCAUGUAACUAGUAGUAUAAGAGGCGAAUAA